UCGGGAUGGUUCCGCGGCCGGUGGGGCCUGGGCUUCGGUGCUGAGGCCCCGGGCGGCAGGUGACUAGAGAGGUGGCGCCGGGGCAGGGAGCGGCCCUGAGGGCCUCCGUUCCGCAUCUGUAAACCCGGUGUGGCAGCAGUGCCUGCGUCGUCAGGACCUCGUGGGACUUCAUGAGCGUGCAUGCCAGGUGCUCGCCCGGUAUCUGCCAGUUAAGUUAGUCUCCUGUGUAGCAUGGACCCGGUGGCCACCCACAGCUGCCACCUCCUCCAGCAGCUGCACGAGCAGCGGAUCCAGGGCCUGCUGUGCGACUGCAUGCUGGUGGUGCGAGGCGUCUGCUUCAAAGCGCACAAGAACGUGCUGGCCGCUUUCAGCCAGUACUUCAGGAGCCUCUUUCAGAAUUCCUCAAGCCAGAAGAACGACGUUUUUCACUUGGAUGUAAAGAACGUCAGGGGCAUAGGGCAGAUCCUGGACUUCAUGUACACCUCGCACCUAGAGCUUAAUCAGGAUAACAUACAAGUCAUGCUGGACACGGCCCAGUGUUUGCAAGUUCAGAAUGUCCUCCACCUGUGUCACAUGUUUCUAAAAUCGGCCUCUGCGGAACAGCCGCCAGGCCUGCCCUGCAGUAGUGCCUUCUCCCUGCAGGGCGCUCUGCCCCCUGAUGCCACCUGCGUUCUGAAUGAAAACUACCCUCCGCCCCUCCUGCCCGAGUGCCCAGCAGAGGGCCCGCAUGGCAAGGUUCUGGAGGAAGCACACCCACCUGCUCCACCCGUGGGUCUCCAUCAUCCGGAGGGCGAGAUGGCCAAACCGGCCCCUGACGCUCUGGAUGGCAGCUGUGCCGAGCUCCCUGGCAAGCAGCCCAAUUACUACUACAAGCUCCGGGACUUCUACAGCAAGCAGUACUACAAGCAGGCCGCUUGUCCCAGCCACGAGCGGGCAGCCGAACAGCCUUUUGCUUUCUCCUCCUCCGCAGACCUCACCCAGCCGUGUGCAGUCAGCCACUCUGAGUGCCUCCUGGAGUCCUCGGAGCACCUGCCCUCCACCUUCCUGGCCCCACCGCGGCCGAGCGACUCUGCCCCUGACCCCGAGUCGAAUGGCCCCUGCCAGCAGCCAGCCAAGCAGAUGCGGCUCAAAAAGGCCAUUCAUCUGAAGAAACUCAAUUUCCUAAAGUCACAGAAAUCAGCAGAGCAAGCGUCCGAACCCAAGUUGGAUGACAGCUUAACCAGGAGGACGGAAUCUGCUAGUGAAAACACAGGAGAGAAAGCUGGCAGCCACAGUGUGGAAGAGAAGGAAAGCGGGGAGCUCAACUCCGAGCCUUUUCACUGUGACAUCAGUGAAGUGGAGGUGCCCAAAGCGCCGGCCACCCUAGAGGAGCAGUCCCAGAGCCUGCAGCCCCAGAGGCAGUACUCGUGUGAAUUGUGCGGGAAGCCUUUCAAACACCCGAGCAACCUGGAGCUGCACAAGCGGUCUCAUACAGGUACACUGCUCCAGACUGCGGCUCGGCUCGGGGAAGGAAGUAGCACGGGUGUGCAGCACCCUGCCUGUCCUCGUUUUCGUGAGAAACCUUUUGAAUGUAACAUUUGUGGGAAACAUUUCUCUCAGGCAGGUAACUUGCAGACCCACCUCCGCCGGCACUCUGGGGAGAAGCCGUACAUCUGCGAGAUCUGCGGAAAGAGGUUUGCGGCCUCUGGCGAUGUCCAGCGCCACAUCAUCAUCCACUCAGGAGAGAAGCCACAUUUGUGCGACACCUGCGGCCGAGGCUUCAGCAACUUCAGCAACCUGAAGGAGCACAAGAAGACGCACACAGCCGACAAGGUGUUCACCUGCGAUGAGUGCGGCAAGUCCUUCAACAUGCAGAGGAAGCUGGUGAAGCACAGGGUCCGGCACACGGGCGAGCGGCCCUACAGCUGCUCCGCCUGCGGGAAGUGCUUCGGGGGCUCAGGCGACCUGCGCAGGCACGUCCGCACCCACACCGGGGAGAAGCCCUACACGUGCGACAUCUGCGCCAAGUGCUUCACCCGCUCCGCCGUGCUGCGUCGCCACAAGAAGAUGCACAGCAAGGCGGGCGACGACGACGGCAGCGCGGACGAGCUACCCGAGCUGGGCCCGGCCGCCGAGGGCCCCGACCCGGACAGGUCGCAGAGCUCGGACUCCUUCUCCCAGGACGCGGUCGGGACCUUGCUGCCGGGGCCGGGCAAGCCCCCGGGCCACGCGGCCGAGGACACCGUGGGCGCGUUCCACAGUCUCCCCGCCGGGCCCUACUGCAAACUGCGCGCCCUGGCCUCCGCGCGCGCGGGCGAGCAGGAGAAGCUGGGUGUGGCCGCGGGCAGGCUGGCCAAGCCCCCGGGGCCGCCGCAGACCCCGCACCCCACCUACGCCUACACGGACGAGGACGCCCCCGCCGGCGGCGAGCCGCUGCAGGCCGACGGAAUGUGCAUGAUCCGCUCCUCGCUGGCUGCGCUGGACAACCACUGCGGGGACCCCCUGGGCGGCCGCGCGGCCCCCACGGCCUACCGGAGCUCGGAGGGGCAGUUCUUCUCCAGCAUGACCCUCUGGGGCCUCGCCAUGAAGACGCUGCAGAACGAGGGCGAGCUGGACCAGUGACGCCCUCGCGCGCUCCCCAGCGCCACCUCCAGGCCACAGGAGAGAGUGGCGCCGCCCGGGGGAGAGCGAUUGACGGACGGAGGAAGGCCCGCAGGCCGAGCCGAGCCGGCCGCGAGAGCGGGGCCUGUGUCACCUACUGUACAUCUGCAUCAUUUUAAGAAAAUACGUAAUACAAACGUUAUUUUUGCAUUUUUACCGGAUUGAAAUUUGUAGCAUUUGUAUUUUUAAAAUUUACACAGAUUCUAUUUGUAUAUGAAACUCCUAAUUUAAUUUGAAUAAAUGAAACUUGGUUUUCUAUA